AGCAGACCUGGCGCUGACAACAACUGAGUGCAAUCAAGGCUUUACUCUGCCAGAAAAGUGAGGACAUGUCGUAAUGUUUUCUUCCUCUUCGGGUUGACCAAACGAACAGAAACGAUUGUGAUAUUUUGGCUUUUUGUUUAUAUUCUUCUGCAGUAUUGUAGAACUAAUCGCCUCGGAGGAAUCGCUUUAUGUUUAAAUAUCCAAUUUCCUACAUCGUUGAAUGCGGCAUCGUUGACUUUGCCUUGUCAUCAUGUUGCCGUCCAGCUGAUUGCCAAGGCACACAGUUUCAUCAGCAACAAUGUCUUCCUAUAUCCUCGGUGUAGACGUGGGCACCACGUCGGUAAAAGCAGUUUUAUUAGAAACGGGCUCCAGGUCGGUGACUGCGAGUCACACAUUGCCGACUUCCUGCGAUCUAAUAGACCUCAGCGGGAUAAAGGCGAAAGAGCAGGAGACCGGCCGGAUCAUCGACACUCUGAACCGGUGCAUCGGUCUGCUACCUCGACGCAAACUGCAGCACGUCAUCAGCAUCGGGCUGUCCGGACAGAUGCACGGGGUUUUACUCUGGAAAGCGAGGAGCGGUUGCGUUUGGUCCAAGAGGGACUUCUUCACAAGCGGAGACACCAGUCAGCUGAUCACCUGGCAGGAUGGGCGUUGCAGCAGCGACUUCCUGUCCUCUCUUCCAAAACCAGACUCGCAUCUCAGCGUAGCCACGGGGUUUGGCUGUGCAACAAUCCUCUGGCAUGCAAAGCACAGGCCGGAGUUCCUGGAGGACUUCACGGUUGCAGGUACCAUCCAGGACUACGUGGCGUCCAUGCUGUGUGGUUUGGACGGGUGUGCGAUGACGCCCCAGAACGCAGCCAGCUGGGGCUUCUUCAACACCUCCUCCAACCAGUGGAAUGUCGACAUCCUGAAGGGUGCCGGCUUCCCCUUGCACCUGCUUCCUCAGUGUGUGCGAUCUGGUGACUUGGCGGGACAAACGUGCUGUGACUGGCACGGUAUCCCUGCUGGUACGCCAGUGGGGGCCGCCCUGGGAGACAUGCAGUGCUCUGUCUACUCCUGCAUGAGCGCGCGAACAGAUGCAGUUCUUAACAUAAGCACUUCAGCCCAGCUGACCUUCGCCAUGCCAGCCGACUUCAGACCUCCAGAUUCUCCUCAGCCAGCCUCCUCUAUCUCCUACUUCCCCUACUUUGAAGACUCGUACUUGGCGGUGGCGGCUUCACUCAACGGCGGGAAUGUAAUGGCCACUUUUGUGGGGAUGCUCACUUCCUGGAUGAAAGAGCUCGGUGCGGAGAUGAGUGAUUCGUGCUUGUAUGAGAAGCUGAUUCACUGUGCGCUGAAUCAGGGAACGAGCGACCUGAGGGUGAGCCCCACGAUCCUGGGGGAGAGGCACAACCCGCUCUGCCUGGGCCAGGCCGCCAACAUCUCCACCAGCAAUCUCUCCCUGGGUCAUUUGACCAGGGCGCUGUGCCGCGGAGUCCUGGACAACCUCACCUCCAUGAUGCCCGCUGAGCGCCUAGAGCAGGCGGGGGUCAACAGGAUUGUGGGCAGUGGGAGCGCCAUCACCCGCAAUGAGGUGCUCAGGCAGGAGGUGGAGAAGACGUUUCCCCAGCAGGUGGUGUACGGGCAAAACGCAGACUCGGCCGUGGGCGUGGCCAUUGUCCUCUGUGAUCUACUCUGAAUGAGUUGUAAACCCCACCAGCGAAUCCCUGUCUGUGUACAGGAUUACGUGAACAUUUUGCACGCGCGAGAGAACCUUAAAGAAUGCCAUCGCUUCGUUUUAAAAAGGGAACAAGCAAGGAAAGUGAAAUGCUCCGACGUGUUUCGCUCCGACUUUACACAAGAUGCCUUGUGUAAAGUCCAUUUUGUCAGUUGCUGAAAGGCAUUUAAUAAAAUCCAUGAAGUAGAAGAAAAUCACAGCGCUGCUGGACUGCUUUGAAGAUCCCAGAUUUAUGAUCUCUGUAUUUGAGGGUCGACUCCUCCUUGACGAGAUGAGGUGUAGCCGCCAUCAGCUGUGUUGGCAUUCGAGCAGAAAAUAGGCCAUGAAGGAGAUGUUUAUUUUUCACAUCCGUCUGUCUCAUGGCUUUGAAAUGUCGCCGCACUCGCGAAGGAGCUGAUUCUCUUUUUAAAUUAUCACUCACCAUCUCAUUGAGUCUAAAAAGAUGUCACCACAUUAUCCCGACACGGUGGUCCCGCCUGGAUUGAAAAGAAAACGUAAAAUGUGACAUGCAAUAUAGUUAAGAUGCAGUUCAUAUGCAUCCAUAAUCCCGAUUCAUGAGACUGUUGCAGCGUAGUGGAGUUAGAAGCCCUGCUCUACUUAAUAUGGCACCUUUAUCACCAAUGUAUUGUAAACUCUGUACAUCUGUCUAUGUCGGGAUCCUGGAGGAAUGAUGGGGAAUGGGCACAUCUGUAGGACCUUUUUCUAGUGAGCUGAUUGGUCCUUAGAUUAAUGUUUUGAAUCUGAUUCUUCACAGGUCCUUGGAUUUAAAGAUGCUGUGCUUUAAGGGUCCCUGUUGUGGGAGGGAGAGCUUUAAGUUGCAAUGAAAUUAUUUGUGUUGUUUUCUAUCAAGAACCCCAUCUAGAUUAAUGAUUAAUGAUUACUGCACUUUCUUUGCCGUCUCUUAAUUUGAAGUCUUAAUCUUCCAUUUUGAACUGUGAGCUCCUCACAGAGUGGGAACAUGUCCUUGAUUGCGGUCAGUUUCUUUGUAUUAUAUGUUAAUUUUGCUUAUACCACUUUGUUGUGCCGCUGAUUUUUGAUACACAGAAUAUUUCUAGCAGCAAUGUUGGCAUUUUCUGUAAUAUUGACUAAAUACAGUUGUGAGAAACACACACACACACACACACACACACACAAUAUCAGUGUUAGUAAUGCCAGUCAUUCGGGCCAAAAAUGGAACCACAAUUAUAUAUGCAGUUAUGUUUUCGCUCAUUAGCUCACAGCUUAUGUGGUUAUCGUACAAAUAAAGCAGUGUUAAUAACUUC